AUGAGCGUCCGACAGCGACACAGUGGCUACAAACUUCAGGGUCUUGAAAGCAUCCAAGGCCUUGUAUUCGUCAGCCGCAUCUUCCAUGACGAGCUUCUCAACUACUGCUUCAGCCGUUUCAACUUCUUCCUCCACAACGGAUCAGAGUCCAUACGCUGGGUGGCACGAGAAUUCUAUCGCCAAAUCGGAGUCGAGAACAGGAAGCUGGUCAAAUACAUCACUAUUCCCAGCUUCAGUAUCGAUCUUGUAAUGAUGAAUCCAGACAAUAUGGUUACGGUCUUCGCCGUUCACAAAGCUUUCUGCCUGGAGCUUCUGGAUGAUAUGCAGCGUGUUUUUGCCCUUCUGGCACGCUUCCCAGCAUUGGAAGAACUCGAUCUGGGUAUUGACAGUCUGGAGGCAGGACGCUCUGCAAGAAGCAAGGUUUCUACCGGCAAGGGUGACUAUCGGUAUCUGGUGGACGACGAUAGGUCAGGAUAG